GAUAGUUUUUUUUUAUAUGAUCUACAUUAUCACUCUAAAAAAUAUCUAAUUGCUUUAUUAGAUAGCAAAAUCAAAGCUUAAAUCGUCCAAGCUUUUUCCUCAUUACUCAAUAUUAAAAUUCAAAGAUAGAAUAACUUGUUUCUCAGUACAAAUAAUAUUUGAUUCAGAUCUAAUAAUUAUAUGUGAUUGUAAGGAGAUAUACAUUACGAUAAAUGAAUAAAUAAUUUAAAUAGAUAAAUUAAUAUUGCACAUGAUCGCGGUAACCGUGUGCCUUAUGUUUAGCGAAAGAGAAUACAUGUUGGUAAAACCUAGAAACAAAGUGUGGUUGUCGACGAAAAUUAGUCAGUCAUUAAUUGCGAUUCACUAGAAACUACUAGACAGUGUUUAUUGAAGAAAAAAAAAAAAAAUGAAUAUAAAAAUAAAUGUCAGAAUAAGAGUUUUCAAAAAAUCAAUUACUUUCUGUUUCUUAUUGAUAAGACCUUGGACAUUUGCAGAAUCAACACAAAAUAUAAGUUUACUAAUUCAUCAGAAAAUGAAAUUGACAAUAAGUAGUACAUGCAUGUUUCAUACGUUGGCUCCAGUUAUUAUUUCUGAUGAACUCAAAGAAAUAAUUUAUAAAACUUUAUUAAUUAAUGAGACGAUGUCCAUGAUUUUCAUCGAUAAAAAUUUCAAAGCAAGCGAUUACCAAAAGUUAUCUUUUCCUAAAUGGCCUACAUAUGUUCUGUCAUCGAAUCAACUCCAAACGAUUCUUCGAGAAAUGAAAUCUUCGUCCUGGUGGAAUAUUGACUCGAGAUUUCUUAUCGUUGAAACUUCUAAUGAAUCAUGCAAUAAUGCAUGGAAUAUACUUCAAGUAAUGUGGAAGAACAAUUUACUUUCAUCAGUAUUCAUAUGUCAGUAUUCUGAUAAUUCUGUAGCAUUGUAUACUUAUAAUCCUUACGUAAACUACGCACCAUAUCCAUGGCAGAAAGUUAAAAAUCCCGUCAAUGACCUGGACAGCCAAUGGACCCUGUAUAAGCAACUUGACUUUCAAGAUGGAUCUCACUGCGACAACUUAUUUUUUGAUAAAACCAAGUAUUUAAAUGGACACAUUGUCAUCGCAGAUGCAAUAGUACGCACAGGAGUAUCAUCGGAAUCUGGAAAAGCUUAUAAUAUCAGUUCGCUAAGUGAUAAGUUGCUCUCUUUGAAUGCAAAAGUUUUUUUUGAAAUAUUUCAGUCUUUGAAUGUCACGCCAAUAAUUUAUUAUACUAAUUUAGCUGAUUUGGCUAAAUGGGGAAAUCAAGCCAGUGACAUUUUUUAUAAAAAUUUGGAAGCCAAGACUCAUGACAUUUACCUAGGUAUAGCUAUUUUUACAAAAAUUAAUUAUGCCUUACCCUUUCUUUAUCCAAGGCAUGUUGAAAAUAUGUUGAUAGUUACGCAUCCGCAAAAAGUUGUUUCUUUUUUUCACGGAGCUGGUUCUAUUUGCAGUUCUGAAGUAAUUGUUCUUACUGUUUUGAUAUUUUUGAUUACACUCAUAGUACUAAUGAUUUCUAAGAAGCUAGAUUUUGUAUCCGGAUUACUUGAAAUUCUGCGAUUAUUAUUAAGCACAAGUAUGGAGUCUCAAUUUUAUAGGUAUUCAUUGAAAAUUUAUUUCGCUUUCGUACUUUUCUUUGUCAUGGUUAUAAAUAAUGAGUAUCAGGGGCGCAUGUCAGCCUAUUCAACAAAAAUUCAACACGAUGUAGUUAACAGUAUGACUGAUAUAAAAAAUUUGAAAUACUCCAUUUAUAUGGCAACCUAUGUUAGAGAAAUUGUAGGUGUUGAUGAUUGGACAGACGAACAGAAAAAAUAUGUUCAUUAUACAAAUGAUGAUUGCUACAAAUUCGUUGUUGAUGAUGACAAAUUUCGAACUGCUUGUGUGGGUUAUGCCCAACGUAAUUUAGCCUCUGCUAUGAAACAUGAUUUACAUGUUGUUCUAGACAAUAAUCAAAAAUUUGCAAGCUGUCGAGUACGUAGAGACUGGCCGCUUAAAACUAAAAGUGACAAAAUAUUAUCAAAAUUAACAGAUUCUGGUCUUUUGAAGUAUUGGGACGAUGUACAAGUAACCAAUCCAAUACAAAGGCACAAGAUUAAAGAAAUUGAAAUGUGGGAUAGUUAUCGAGAGAUUGGCCCAUCAGAUUUGUAUUACAUAUUUAUGCUUUGGACGGUUUGUCUAUUGACAAGUGUAAUUACUUUUAUUGUCGAAAUUACUUUCCACCGAUUGAAUGGAUGUAUGACAUAAAAAUUACCUUAAUUAUGCAGUGAAAAUAGAUACUGGAAGUUGAACGAUAACAAAAUUUAAAUGUGAUAAUAAUAACAUAUAACGAAUACCACUUUAGUUUGUUGUUAGCAUGUGAUAUUAGUUAAUCUCUGUUCAUAACUGUUAAUAUCUGAUUAUAUCCACAUUUUAAUGAUAAAACAUAAUAUAGCGAAAUUAAUUAAUGGUGUUUGACUUAAUGAAUCAUCAAAUUCUAUCAUAUUGAGCAGAAAAUGUUAUGGAAAGUUAUUUGACUUGUCAAUAAGCAAUGAAAAUUAUCCAUCCCAUAUGUAUUUUCAUAGAUGGUUUGCUUUCAUAGAAAGUGAUUUAUUACAAGAAAUAAACUUUUACAUUUUCUACAUCAGCUAGAAAAUGUUUCUUAUAUACUUGGAUAAAGUUUUUCAAUGUAUAAAAUUUACUAUAUUUGAAAACUAAUCUGUAUUUUGGUGGUUGAAGUUAUAAAUUCUAAUAAAUAGAUGUUAUGAAUUAUUUCAUUUUAUUUUUAUAAAACUAAUAAAUAUACGUCCAGGAAAUAUACUAUUGACGUUAUAUUAGCUUUCUUUGCCGAAUAUACAUCAAUGAUCAGUAAAUGAUAUCUAGAUGGUAAAGUACAAAUGUUAAAUAGAUUUAUGCAUGAUUUUCGUAAAAAUAAGAUUCAUAC